CAAGCCAUGGAGUCUCGCUGGCAUGUGGUGGUCAUUGGCAACGACUCGGGCCAUCUUCAAGCUGCAGUCAAGGAUGCAGAGAUGGUUCAAGAAGCAGCACGCAAUCUUUGUUCAGAGGAAAACCCGCCGCUAUUGGUGACAAACCAGCCGGAAGCAGGGAUCACGGAAAAUCUCACCGAGCAAAUCACCAAGAUGGGCGAGGAAGACAAGUUGUUGGUUUGGUACUCGGGGCAUGCCAAAGGCCACAAAAAUCAUGGAACCCUGAUACUUCCAGCUGAAGAUAAAGAGGCUUACAUCCGAACAACUGGCCUCUGGCUUGAAGAGUGGUUGCUUGCAAAGAUGAAUGAGAAACCUCAGGCCACACUGUGGUGUGUGAUCGCUGCAUGCCGCGACAUCGUUUCUGAAGUGCCCUCGGUGAUGAACAAAGAAGGGAGGGCGCUUUUCGUCCCGAAAAGUUCCAUGCCGACCCAAACCGAGUUCAAAGCCUUGAAGGUUCCGAACUGCAUGUUCAUGUAUUGUUGUGAGCUGGAGGCAACAAUGUAUGACACCUCGCUAUUCGCGAGGCUGUUUUGCUACCAACUCAGAUGUCAACCCACGAGCAUACAAAUGUUCCAACAGAACCUGGUGCAUGAGGUCGAAGUUUUAUCCUUUGGACACCUCAAAAUGGAGAUGAUUCCUGUAUCAUCGCAAGCGGUCGGGUUGUUCAAGACACCGAUCAUCGAAAAGCUGACUCGUGAGAUCAUGGAUCCGCAGUAUAUCGACAAUAUGACUCGCUUCCGGCUGUGUGCCUGCCAUUGUCAAAUCCUGACAGACUCUGAACUGAGCGGAGACGUCAUGCGCACCUACGAGGAUGUGAGACGGGACGUCUGCAAGAUUCUGCGAUGCUUCAAAAACAACAAGGACGGACUCUCAAGUCUAGAGAAGCAGAUCCCAAUUCUGACCAGCAACAAUCUGAAGGAAGUUCUUGCAGCAUUGGAUCCAUCUGCCAGCGGAAGCCGGAACAGCCAAGGCUCGGUUAAUGAGACAGAGGACUCCGAGGACUAUCAGAAAAUCCCAAAGGAGGUUAUUGAUGUCAUUGGCAGGGCAGUUGCAAACACCAGUGAAAAGAACAGCAACGAGUUUCCAGCUGAGCAAUUUGUCAACCUCUUGCAGAAUCUUGCUUGCCACUUCGCACCUGACAACUUUGAAGCAGAGUCAGAAUCUGACCAGGGGAGUCAAAUUGAUGGUGCAAAUUCUCUUCUACUUUGCAGCUCCGGUGUGCAGAACCUAAGUGAUUCAGAUACGGAGUCUUUAGUUGGCGCGAUAGAAAAAGACUGUCAAGCAGUUGGCAUCGAUUUUCAAAAGGAUAUCAAAAUGUAUCUUGGCCAUUCCAGCUUUUGGCUUCUCUUGCUCUCUUCUGUGAAGCUCGAUACUCAAAGACUGCAGCACGUCGUCGCCAAGUUCGUUGAGGAGCGGUGCCUGAAGUCCUUCGCAUGGGCCUUUGCCGCAGUUCCAAGGGAGCAACCGUGGUUUGCGGCGCCGGGGCUUUGGAAAGUGGUCUCGCUAUUGCGCACCUUGGAGGUUCCACAAGUCAUGUGUCUGAGGGCUCGAGAGUUGAAACGCAUUGCGCUGCAGCUGUUGAAACAGAGGGGGAAAGAGAUGCAGGAGUGGCAGGUGCGAGUGGUAUCCAACCAUAGGGAUCUCAAAGAUGAUGCCUGGAUAGAUGCUCAGAGGAAUGACGAUUUUCACUUUGUAACACAGGACAACUGGCAAACCUUUGACUGGAAACGCAGUGAGCUUCGCGGAAAGCUCGAAGAAUUUGCAGAGAAAUGUGGUAUGGCAGACAGCCACACCUUGCAUGCAAGUGCAUAUCUAGCUUACGAGCUCCACAGAAAUCCCCAGGGGCUGCCUUUGGAGACGCUGACCAAGAUACUGUGCAAUUGUAAGGAACCCAAAGAGAUGCUGACAGUGCUGGUUGAAGCUUUGAUGGAUCCAACCCCUGGCUACUCGGAGAACUUUCAAGGGCAGUUGAUACCAAGCGAAAGCCAGAGCACAGCCAUGGAAAGCAUUUCUGGCUCCACCGCCUACAGUGACAGUGAUUCCGAAGAUGCUGGAAGUCUACGCAAACCCGGCGUCGUAUCAGGCUACUUGCAGGAUCUGGCACCAAGGCUGCAAGAGGCAGGCAAAACGCUUCUUGCGAACUGUGUGGUUGAGAUCCUCCUGCGGUAUCCAGUUUAUGGUGAGCAGGUGGUCCGGCCUGAGAUGAUCAAGGCUGAAAAUUUCGAGCAGUACCUUGCGCUUGUUGCGGAUCUCACGAGGAUAGUGCAAACACGUGGUCCGAGCAGCGUGCAGUAUGAGACGGAAGUGCUCGAAGAGCUCAGUGCCUUUUGGCAGAGUCAAGAGAUGGUAGACGAGUUGAAGCGAGAUGCUUGCAGUGCUCUGAGCAAAUUCAUUGAAGAUUACAAGUGACUUGCAGAUGUUUGGCCGUAAAAGUGAUGAAAUGCUUACUGAUUUCAACUCCUGGUUCCCCUGUGAGGAAGCCGUGAAAUUUGAAUUUUGCAUGGCUCCAAUUGAUCUUUAGC